AUGCCGGGGCCACCGGUGGCGCCGGAGAACGCGCCGCCUGAGCCGGCGGCGGCGGGCGGCAGCAGCGGCGAGCACCUCCGGGGCCACGCGCACCUGACCAACUGCAUCCACCUGCGCCACCACCACGCGCACGGCGGCGCCGCGUCCGGCCGGAGGCGCAGCCCCACCACGGGCGACUCGUCCGCAACGCUGAUGCGGGACCUCCUCUCGAUGCAGCGCUCCCGCUCGCUCCGGGACCCCUCCACCCGCCGCUCCGUCGACUCCGCCUCCAACAGGCUCGCCGCCGACCCCGACCCCGACCCCGACCCGCCCGGCCGCGGGGCGCUCAGGACCCUCCUCGACCAGCUCGCGGAGGACGCGCUGCAGCCCAGGCCCGCCCGCCGCCCGCGCCGCCGCUUCAAGCGCGGCCAGGGCCGCCGCGCCGCCGCCGACGCCGCCCUAGAUCGCCCCGCGGCCGCCGCCUUCUCCGCCAACUCCAGCUCCCAGGAGGCCGUCUGCGGCAACAAGUACUUCUUCGGCGCCGGCGCCGGCGGCGACGACGGCAGCGAGGAGAUGCAGCAGCGCCCGCGCCCGCACCCGCAGGACUCGCGCAACGUCUGCGGCAUCCCCUGGAACUGGUCGCGCCUCCACAACCGCAGCAGGUCCAUCCUCGACAUGGCCGGCCGGAGCCUCUCGUGCGGCCUCUCCGACCCCCGCUCGGCGGCCGUGGCCGCGCGGAGGUCCGAGGCCGCCACCUCCGCCGGCUCCUGCGGCGGCGGCGGCUACAUGGACGGGUCCCGCUCGCACCCGCACUUCCCGGUGACCGCGAGGCUGACCUCCUCCAACAGCUCCGACUCCGACUCGCUGCCCCUGCUCGGCGAGGGCGCGCGCAGUCGGACUGGCAUCCGUGGCAUUUCCAGGAGCUUCUCCGGGGAGCUUGGGAUAUUCUCCAACCAGAGCAGCGAGUUCGACUCCGACCUCAUGUCGGAGGCGCGGUCUGGGCAGAAGUCGCAGCGUGGCCGGCACCGGAGCCUCACGCAGAAGUACGCGCCCAGGACGUUCAAGGACGUGGUCGGGCAGAGCUUGGCUGUGCAGGCGCUGUCCAAUGCCAUUCUGAAGAGGAAGAUCGGGUCCGUCUACGUCUUCUACGGGCCGCACGGCACAGGCAAGACAUCCUGCGCUCGGGUGUUCGCCAAGGCGCUGAAUUGCCACUCCACCGAGCACCCGAGGCCCUGCGACACAUGUGCGUCGUGUAUCGCGCACAACCUCGGCAAGAGCAGGAGUUUGGUGGAGAUUGGGCCUGUCGGUAACAUUGACCUGGACAGCAUUGUGGAUAUCCUUGACAAUGUGAUGCUUUCGCCGCUACCGGCUCAUCACAGGGUGUUCAUAGUGGAUGACUGCAACACGUUGCCGCCUGAUACCUGGAGUGUCAUAUCCAAGGUUGUCGAGCGCGCACCUCGGCGUGUGGUUUUUAUCCUCAUCAGCCCCAAUCUCGAGCUCCCGCAUAUAAUUAUGUCGAGGUGCCAGAAGUUCUUUUUCCCGAAGCUGAAGGAAUGCGACAUAGUCAACACUUUGCAGUGGAUUUGUACUAGCGAUGGCCUGGAUGUUGAUAGAGAUGCAUUGAAACUUAUUGCUUCCAGGUCGGAUGGGUCAUUGAGGGAUGCACAGAUGACCUUGGAUCAAUUGAGUUUGCUUGGGCAGAGAAUUUCAAUCUCACUUGUUCAAGAGCUUGUUGGCUUGGUUUCUGAUGAUAAAUUGGUAAAUUUGCUUGAUUUGGCACUAUCUGCUGACACUGCCAACACAGUGAAAACUCUACGCGAUAUUACUGAAACAGGUGUUGAGCCUUUGUCGCUGAUGUCACAACUUGCCACAAUAAUAACUGACAUCCUUGCUGGCGCUUACACAUUCACACAAGGAGGAGUUCGAAGAAAAUUCUUCAAACGUCCAACAUUAUCAAAGGAGGAUAUGGAAAAGCUGCGCCAGGCCUUGAAAACACUCUCAGAAGCUGAAAAACAGUUGAGGGUCUCCAAUGAUAAGAUGACCUGGCUUACAGCUGCUCUGCUUCAGCUUGCUCCUGAUAAACAAUAUACACUGCCGAGUUCAUCCACAAGUACAAGUUUUAACCAGGGUCUGCCUAACUGCCCUGAGGGGUACAUAGCAAGAAACUCUACUACAGAUAAUAACGAGAUAUAUGCCGGUCCCCUUGGUUACAAUGGUGCAAGGAGAGCCAGGGAACAUACACCAGAUGGCUAUAAGCUGUCAACAAGUGCUACCAGAGUGAAUGAAGGAUCUAAAUGUAGCAGACCUGACAAUGAGAUGAUUUGGCAAGCUGUUCUGGAGAUUGUUCAGUCAGAUUCACUGAGAAGAAUGAUGGCUCAGGAGGGGCGGAUUAUUUCUGUCAGCCUUGGCACAGCACCAACUGUGCAGUUAAUGUUCAGCUCUCAUGUGAAUAAGUCCAAAGCUGAAAAGUCCAGGGGCCAAAUUAUGCAAGCAUUUGAGUCUGUUCUUUCUUCUGCUAUAAUACUUGAAAUCCGGUAUGAAUCGGAGGAGGAUGGAGGAGGUGUUCCAGCUAUUUUACCUUACCGCGAGGAUACCUCUUCUAAUAUCGCUUUAAGGAGGUCUUUCACGAAACAUAGUUCAGUUUCUUCUGGAGGUGAGAAUUUAGUAAGGAGGCUACAUAAAGGUAGCGUAGCCCAGGGCGCUAGCUCAAAUCAGACAAGGUGGAUGCAAUCUGAUCCACACAUAUUGACUGAAGGUGAGAUUAUUGAAGUGGGUCCUUCUCAAAUGGAAUGGUACGACGAACCAGAUACUGGUCUUGUUGCCACAGAUAAAAGAAGACAAAGUGUACGGGAAGCAGCAGCUUUGUCAUCGCAAGAACAAGAAAAUAUAGGCCCUCGAGGAGGAAUGAAUGUGAAUAAUGAACAUGAUGGACAAAGGAACAUAGUAAGAGGUAAGGUGUCUCUUGCUCAUGUUAUCAAUAGGGCGGAAGGUUGUUCUCAACAUGGAGGCUGGCCGAGACAAAAAGCCAUGUCAAUAACGGAAAAGCUCGAGCAAGAGAAUUUGAGAUUGGAGCCUAGGUCAAGUCUGCUUUGUUGGAAAACUUCAAGCACUACUAGACGGAAGCUCUCAGCACUGAAGAUCAGGACGCGAAGAUCACGAGCUCUAUCAAGGCUCGUCUUGUGUGGAAGGUGCAUUUCAGUGAAAUCUCCAAGAUAACAUUCUGACUGGCCCGGAGGUCCACCAGAUUUACAUGUAGCUAACUCAUCUCUAUGGUUUAUUCUCUGUAAUUGUAGCAAUCUGUAAGAAUGUAGGUUAUUCUGUGCAUCGUUUAACAUGUACUCCCAGAGGAAUGAAAGAAACUGCCAGAACAAAAAUGUCCAUUUUGUUCUCCUGAAUAUAUUUGAAUGCCAACAUCAACAAUUGCCACG